AUGGCGACUUAUAUCGAUCGAGGAGUCAAGCUUAUUGACGACGAAACCACAGAGCGUGAUUACAACCACGCAACUGAUUCCGAAUACAAAAGAUUACGCUCUGAAGCUGAUCGAUUAUUUCAACGUCGUAAUCAACUUAGUCAACAAUCACAAGCUGCCUAUAAACAAGGAGACGGGAAAAGAGCCCAUGAAUUAAGUGAAGAAGCUAAGAAAGUUGUUGCUCAGGCUGAUGAUUAUAAUCGUAAAGCUGCUGAAUUUGUCUUUAGAGAGAAUAAUGAAGAUAGUAAACCUGAUGAAAUUGAUUUACAUGGAUUAUAUGUCAAAGAAGCAGAAUGGAUUUUACAAAGAAGAAUAGCUCAUGAUAUACAGACUAACCAAAGCCAUAUAAGAGUUAUUGUUGGGAAGGGGUUACAUUCAGCUAAUGGGGUUGCCAAGAUUAGACCAGCAGUUGAGAAAUUAUGUGAUGAGAGUAAUUUGAAAGUACAUGUUGAUCCAAAGAAUUCUGGGGUUUUAAUUAUUGAUUUGAAAGGUAGUGAUAGUUCACAAGUGCCAAGUCAUUGGACACCAAUCUCUCAACCUCAACAAGCUUAUCACGGAGCUGGACAACCACAAUAUCAACCUCAACAACAUUAUAAUGCACCACAAUAUCAACAACAACAACAACAACAGCAACAAGGGGGUAACGACUCGCUUAUUGAAAUGGUCAUUAAAGCAUUUUGUGCGUGUCUUAAUAGCAAAUAA